AUGGCGGGGCUGACUGAGAGCCACAGCUGCCACCUGCUGCCCAGCAUCACGAGAGUGUAUAUCAUCACGUACCGCCAGCCUACGCCGCUACCCUGGAGCCUCCCACACUGCUCAGCCGUGGUCAACCCCACCGUGUUCUUCGACAUUGCCAUUGACGGCGAGUCCUUGGGUCGCGUCUCCUUCGAGCUGUUUGCAGGCAAAGUUCCAAAGACAGCAGAAAACUUUCGUGCUCUGAGCACUGGGGAGAAAGGCUUUGGUUAUAAGGGAUCCUGCUUUCACAGAAUAAUUCCGGGAUUUCUGUGCCAGGGUGGUGACUUCACACUCCAUCAUGGCACUGGUGGUAAGUCCAUCUAUGGGGAGAAAUUUGAUGAUGAGAAUUUCCUCCUGAAGCAUGCGGGUCCUGGCAUCUUGUCCACGGCAAAUGCUGGCCCCAACACAAACAGUUCCCAGUUUUUCAUCUGUGCUGACAAGACUGAGUGGUUGGGGGGCAAGCAUGUGGUUUGGGGCAAGGUGAAAGAGGGCGUGAAUAUCGUGGAAGCCAUGGAGCGCUUUGGGUCCAAGAAUGGCAAGACCAAUGGCAAGGAGAUCACCAUUGCCGACUGUGGACAAAUCUAA